AUGGUAGUAAACAUGAAUACGAAGACGUUUAUCGUAUGGUUUCUGUUGUUAGCGGCUGUUGUAGUAGCUGUAGCAGCAGAGACUUCCGUGGAUGACAAGAAAGAAGGUGCAAAGGAAGUAGAGAUACCAACCGGAGAAGGCAAAAGCGACGCUAAAGAUAGUGUCAACAAAGGAGACGUUGGGGUCGAGGCCACACUUGAGAAAGAAGAAGAUAAAAAUUAUGAAGUUGAUCAAAGCUGGAAGGGAGGAGGUGGCCGAGGAUGGAAGGGAGGCGGUGGCAGAGGAUGGAAAGGAGGCGGCGGCCGAGGAUGGAAGGGAGGCGGUGGCCGAGGAGGAGGCUGGAAAGGAGGAGGUGGUGGAGGCUGGAAGGGAGGUGGUGGCAGAGGAUGGAAAGGAGGCGGUGGCCGGGGAUGGAAAGGAGGCGGUGGCCGAGGAGGUGGUGGAGGCGGUGCUGAGGUGGAAGCCACUCUUGAGAAAGAAGAAGACAACAAUUAUGAAACUGAUCAAAGCUGGAAAGGAGGAGGUGGUGGAGGCUGGAAGGGAGGUGGUGGCAGAGGCUGGAAGGGAGGCGGUGGCAGAGGAUGGAAAGGAGGCGGUGGCCGGGGAUGGAAAGGAGGCGGUGGCCGAGGAGGUGGUGGAGGCGGAGGAGGUGGUGGAGGCUGGAAGGGAGGUGGUGGCAGAGGAUGGAAGGGAGGCGGUGGCCGGGGAUGGAAAGGAGGCGGUGGCCGAGGAGGUGGUGGUGGAGGCGGAGUGUAG